UUCGAGCAGGUUGGGGACCGCGGGCUUUGGUAGUGCGCUGGAAGUAGUUCCGGAGCCGGAGGGGCGGAGGAGGCGCGCGCUAUAAAAGGCGGGCGGGCGGGCGCGGCGGCCAUUCGCGGGUCCGGAGCGACGGGAGUUGGUGGUGUUGGCGGCUGGCGCUUGUGUGAGCAUGCAGAUCUUCGUGAAAACCCUGACUGGCAAAACCAUCACCCUUGAGGUUGAGCCCAGUGACACCAUUGAGAAUGUCAAGGCCAAGAUUCAGGAUAAAGAAGGGAUCCCACCUGAUCAGCAACGUUUGAUCUUUGCUGGUAAGCAGUUGGAAGAAGGGCGCACUCUCUCUGACUACAAUAUUCAGAAGGAAUCAACCCUGCACCUGGUGCUGCGUCUCAGGGGUGGCAUGCAGAUCUUCGUGAAGACCCUGACUGGCAAGACCAUCACCCUUGAGGUUGAGCCCAGUGACACCAUUGAGAAUGUCAAGGCCAAGAUUCAGGAUAAAGAAGGGAUCCCACCUGAUCAGCAACGUUUGAUCUUCGCAGGCAAGCAGUUGGAAGAUGGCCGUACCCUUUCUGACUACAAUAUCCAGAAAGAAUCAACCCUGCACUUGGUGCUGCGACUGAGGGGUGGCAUGCAGAUCUUUGUGAAAACCCUGACUGGCAAGACCAUCACCCUUGAAGUGGAGCCAAGUGACACCAUUGAGAAUGUCAAGGCCAAGAUUCAGGAUAAAGAAGGAAUCCCACCUGAUCAACAACGUUUGAUCUUCGCAGGCAAGCAGUUGGAAGAUGGCCGUACCCUUUCUGACUACAAUAUCCAGAAAGAAUCAACCCUGCACUUAGUGCUGCGGUUAAGGGGGGGCAUGCAGAUCUUUGUGAAGACCCUGACUGGCAAGACCAUCACCCUUGAAGUGGAGCCAAGUGACACCAUUGAGAAUGUCAAGGCCAAGAUUCAGGAUAAGGAAGGAAUCCCACCUGACCAACAGCGUUUGAUCUUCGCAGGAAAACAGUUGGAAGAUGGCCGUACCCUGUCAGACUACAACAUCCAGAAAGAAUCUACUCUGCACUUGGUUCUUCGUCUGAGGGGUGGUAUGCAGAUCUUCGUGAAGACCCUGACUGGCAAGACCAUCACCCUUGAAGUGGAGCCCAGUGACACCAUUGAGAAUGUCAAAGCCAAGAUACAGGAUAAGGAAGGAAUCCCACCUGAUCAGCAACGUUUAAUCUUCGCAGGAAAACAAUUGGAAGAUGGCCGUACCCUGUCAGACUACAACAUCCAGAAAGAAUCAACCCUGCACUUGGUUCUUCGCCUGAGGGGGGGCAAUUGUUAAACUUAUUGGUCUUCUCUUUUUGUGGGCUGUAUUCUUGCCUCUAGCUUAAAAUGUUGAUUAGUGUCUUCCCAUGUCAUUCAAAAUAAAAUUGUUGCAAGCUUA